AUGAAGCAAGCCGCCUCAGGAGUCUGCAGGAACCAAAGGGUUCCUGCACAGCUGGUCUCCACAGAAGCCUUGUCUGCCCAAACCUGUCUGUUCGCAGAUGUUCCUGAAGGCGGGAAGCCGAGCAGCAGCACAAGCCCAAGCCGUGGGCAGUCAGAAACCCACCGCCUGGGACCCAAGAGCCUGAGCCGAGCCCAGAGGACGCCCAACCUACCCGAGCCACAGGGCGGCGAAGCAGCAGGUGUCUGGACAGCCAGGCAGCCGAGCGGCUGGACAGAGGGGAGGCCCUGGGGACUGACCGGCCCCGCCCCGGCCCGGCCCCGCCCCGGCCCCGGCCCCCUGCCCUGCCCCCGCCUCCGGCUCCCGGCUCCCGGCUCCCGCCGGGCUCCGGCUCCCUCCGGCCGCAGCUGCCCGGCCGGCUCAGCGCACCCCGCCUUUGGUCCCCCCGGCCCUCCCCGUCGCGUUGGUGGCGGCGGCGACCGGAACAGGCCCGCCCGCAGCCUCGGAGGUGCGCUGCCCUACAGCGCUGGAGGGAGUUCAGAUGAACUGAGGAAAAUCCAGGUGUUGUGUUGGGUUCAUGGAUGCAGAAGAUAUACUACCAAAAGAAAAGAAAAGCAUGAUCCUUCCUUCAGACAUGUGAAAAAGAUAGAGUUCCCAGAAGACUUCAUCAGCAGGAAAGAAGCUCUAAUAAUGUGGAAUAGAAAUACCAGAAGACUCCUAUCAGCACAGCUGAAGACUGACCCUGGAGAUUGAUAUGUCUUCAUGCACUGGAGGCAAUUAGAGCAAACGGAUGAGAAGGGCCUGUUGGUAUUCAGGAGCAACAGUCUCAAGAACCCUGGGGGGGCGGGGCACAGCACUUCUGUAGGACUCCCUGACAGUGGAUAGUGCCAGUGGCAGAGGGAAUACAGGCGAAAGAAUUUCCGCCAUCACCACCAAAACCACAUGCCCAUGUUUGGAUGCUGUAGACCUGAAGUAGCAGGAUAAUUGGAACAUGGAUGGGUGAGAUCCAUUGCACAGGCUUCUUGGUGCAGCUCUAAGCCAAGGGUCAACAGUGGAAAGUUGGAAGUCCAGGGUCUGAACUUAUCCUGUGUCUGAUAUAAAUGAGUCAUCCCACAUCAGCAAGUAAGCACCAUAUUAAUGGUUCAGUCUUAGAAGAUCCCAGGAAAGAAAUACUUGUUUUGUCCAGCAGGAGUGAUCUGAUCUGCUAGAACCAGAUCCGUGCCUAGAUCUGAAACCAUGCCUGGAUCUGGUACCAGAUCCGUGCCUGGUCUCUUGGUGGUACUGGUCUGAAACAUGAAGGCAAAUGCAAGAAGAAACAGUUAAAGAAUUUAAAUAUUCUUUAUCUCUGAUUUAUUCUUAGAGAAGGGCUCCUGAGGAGGAAAAGGAGAGUCAAGGGAUCACUGUUUCUUGUAACAAGCCUUGUACUAGUAUGUUAGUUUUUAAGUUCUAUACAUGUAUUACUUCAAAAAAUAAAAAUUAAAAAAUGAAUAUAUCAAAACAAAACAAAAUAAAGUCAAGUUAUAGUA